AUGGGCAGUUUUGGUGGGGAAGAAGAAGUGGACGUGGAGGAGUCAAUGGAGGGAGUGGUUUAUGGCGAACCUGAGCCUCUAGAGGAUGAAGAGGGAAAUGACAAACGGCCGGGUAUCCGUCGACAAGCACCUUCAGGGGAUGACACGUUAGACGACCCGGCCCACACCUCUCGAAUUCCAAGCACAUAUCCCCCGAUACAGGGACGCCCCCCUGGAGGGAUCGCCAGUGGACAGUUUCCUCCUAGGACCGGGUUCAGCCAACAGAAUGCAGGCCCCAGCAAUGCUGCCGUACCGUCGGCCGCACCAAUGCCAUUCCCACCCAUGACCGGGUCAUCCUCCAGCUCACGGCCUUCAGCUCCAGGUACCGUUUAUCCGCAGAACCCAAUGACAGAGAGCCCCAAACCUCUUUCUCCUGGUCAAACACACAGGGGCGGUCAAGGCCCCGGAGGCGAAGGUAGCGUUGGCAGGAACCGUUCCCCAAGCACGACCUUUUAUCCACAAUCGCACACACGAUCCGGAGGCGGUUCAGGUUCCUCUCUCGGUGUGCCUGCGGGUGGUCCACAGCUACCACCUCCUCAUGUACUUAACCCGCCGGAUGCAAGAUACACUCUACCCAGUCAAAGCGGGCCGGCCCAUCCCCCUACUCAGCCUAGCGGGCCACCGACUCACAUGAGCGGAAGUGGUCCCUUGUCGUCUCACAGCAAUAGUCUGUCGAGUCAUGGCUAUUCCGGGCAUGGCAGUGGAGAAACAUCCAAAGUCAUGUUCGCGCAAGAUGAGCGCCUAUGGGCAUAUGUGACUAGCCUGGAGCAACGGGUCAACAAUAUGCAAGAGGAGAUUAAUUCAUUGAAACAUCAAUUGGCUAGCGCUACGCAGCAACAACAGCAACAACGGGUUUGA